AAAACAGCAGCAAAAACAGCUAUGUUUUUCAUUCUCUCUCAGUGUGUUUGUAAUACUCGUUGUCAACUUGUCAAGACUCUUUGCAGAUCUCGCACUUAUAAUUUAUAAUACGUUGUUUACUCGUGGAUACUAACAACGUCAUGUGAUCAACACUCUCACUGUCAGAUCUUAUACAGGAAAUGUCUUAAAUUGUUUACAACUUUUGUGUCACGAUGCCGAAAUUGAUUAUCACACGAUUCCUGCAGAAGUCCAGGACUAAAUACCUUAUUCUAGUCAUUCUAUUAACAUGCUUAUCUUUGUUAAUUAUUUAUCACAAUAUGGGAAACAGCAAACAGGUGCCGACUUCUUCUUCGCGGGUUGAGCUCGGUCUCAAUCCUGUAGAUUCCAUACAGCUGAUCGAGCAAAUCAACACGGAAGCUGAGAUCGGAAGGGAAAAAUCGCGGGAAGAACUGAAAUGCAGUACCGUUCGUCCCUUGAAAAAUGUAGAUAUUAGUACCCCUGAAGUUUAUCCUACUUUAAAUUUUAAACCACCUUAUCGUAGCUAUUGGAACUAUACGUUUGAAAGAAGGUACUUAAAAAUUAAAGAAAACUGGGAUAAAUUACCCCUUGAGGUUAUAAUCAUCCCUCAUUCCCAUAAUGAUCCUGGAUGGCUUAAAACGUUUGAUGGAUACUUCAUGGCUUUUACUGCUCACAUUCUAAAUAAUAUGGCUGACAAAUUGGCUAAAUACAGAGAUAUGACUUUCGUUUGGUCGGAAAUAUCAUUCUUUUCCAGGUGGUGGAACAGCUUAAAAAAUCGUCCGCAGAUUCGGGAGCAAGUGCGGGAAUUUUUAAGAAAUGGACAACUUGAGAUUCUGACUGGUGGAUGGGUGAUGACUGAUGAAGGCCCAGCUCAUUAUUAUGGUAUGAUAGACCAAAUGAUAGAAGGUCAUCAAUGGAUGAAAACUAAUCUUGGCAUUGUUCCUCGCACAGCUUGGUCUGUCGAUUCAUUCGGACAUUCCGCUACAGUUCCAUACAUAUUACGAGCCUCUGGUCUACAUAACAUGGUUAUACAGCGAACUCAUUAUGCAUGGAAGGCAUACUUAGCUGAAAAACAACAGCUAGAUUUUUGGUGGCGCCAAGAGUUUGAUAAUCUGUCUUCAAAUAACCAUUCUGCUGAUAUCUUGUGCCAAAUGAUGCCAUUUGAUCUCUACAGCAUUAAGCAUUCCUGUGGUCCCGAUCCUGAUGUUUGUUUACAGUUUGAUUUUCGGCGCAUUCCUGGUGAAUAUUCCGAGAGUCGUGCCUCGCCAAUUACACCAGAAAAGGUAGCGGAAAAAGCUGAGCUUCUUUUGGGUCAGUAUGGAAGAAUAGGCUCUUUAUUCCCUCAUAAUGUUGCAUUGGUACCUUUGGGAGAUGAUUUUCGCUACAAUCAUGACGAAGAAUGGGACCAACAAUAUGAAAACUAUGCAAAAAUUAUUGAAUAUAUAAAUUCAAGAAGUGACUGGAAUGCACAUGUUAGAUUUGGAACGCUGAAAGAUUUUUUCAAUGCUGUUCAUAAACGCAUGCAUUUUAUUGGUUACGAUCACAUUCCUACUUUAACUGGUGAUUUUCAUGUUUAUGGAGAUAUUUAUGGAGAAGGUCAUCCGUCUUAUUGGAGUGGCUAUUAUACCACGCGUCCUUAUUGGAAACAUAUGUGCCGAGAUCUUCAACAUUGGUUGAGAAGUGCUGAAAUUCUCUAUUCAUUAUCUCGAGCCUAUGUUACUCAAAAUAAAUUAUUACAUUUAUUGAAAAGAUUAGAUCAAGAUUAUGCUUAUUUAACUCAAGCAAGAGAUAGUCUUGGUUUAUUUCAACAUCAUGACGCUAUAACUGGAACAUCAAAAGAGGCAGUGAUGGCAGAUUAUGGUGUUCGACUCUUUCGGGCUAUUAGAGAAUCAAAAGGCAUAAUUGCACAUGCUGCUUUGUAUGUACUCUCUGAAGAAGCUGUGAAACGGUCGGUGGAUCUUCGUCCAGCCCAUCCUCUUACAUCGUAUCUCUAUCCUGAUCUGGAUCAAACACAAUUUGACAAGUUGCCAGAGAAAGUACCUCUUAGCAUACCACCUCAAGGCAGGAAAGUGGCAAUCUUUAACUCAAAAGCUCAGUCAGUAACGGAGCCUAUUAGGCUAAGGAUUAGAAAUCCUUUUGUGAAAGUAUUGGGACCAGAUGAUGAAGAAGUGCCUAUUCAAAUAAAUCCGGCUUGGAACGGUUCUGUUUCAGUGCUAGGAGAUGUUUAUGAACUGCUCUUUUUGUCAGAAUUGACACCGUUGUCACUUACAACAUUCACAAUACUUCCAACUGAAAAGUCUCCUCGGCCGAGAUCUCAGGUGUCUAUCAACUUGAACGAUGCGUUUGCAAAACAACCACAUAACUCCAUAUUUUCAUUUCAGAGUCCCACAGAUGUUGACAUUGAGCUUACAAAUCCAUUCAUUAUAGCAAGAUUUUCAAAGCAAAGUGGUUUGCUUCAGAGUAUUGAAUUGAAAGAACAUAAUAUAAUAAACAAAGUUGCCUUGAAUUUGAUGGCAUACAAAUCUGAAGAAUUCAGAAGUGGUGCUUACUUAUUUCAUCCCUUGACGAAUGAACCAGUGCAAAAUAUCUCUGGUAGAUUUCCAAUUAUACGCAUUGUUAAAGGCCCAAUCUGUUCAGAAAUCAGUGCAAUUUAUUCUAAUGUUGUCACAAUUACACAACGAGUUUACCACACUUCAAGCUUGUUAAAUAAUGGUGUUGAACUUGAUGUCUUGUCUGAUAUUGCUCAACUCUUUGAUGUUAAUUUAGAAUUAGUUUUUCGCGUGACUUCUGACAUCAAAAGUGGGAACAUUUUCUAUACGGAUGUUAAUGGUUUUCAAAUGUUGAAGCGUAAGACUUUAGGCUACCUGCCACUUGAGGCUAACUAUUAUCCAGCUACAUCAGCUAUGUACAUCGAAGAUGAACAAUCUCGAUUGACAAUGCUUUUGUCACAUGCUCAUGGUGUAGCCAGUGUGAAUCCUGGUCUUAUGGAAGUGAUGCUAGAUCGCAGAUUGCGGGGUGAUGAUAAUAGGGGACUUGGUGAAGGUGUGAUGGAUAAUAAGCCUACUAUUUCCCAAUUCUGGCUGCUUUUAGAAGGAAUGAAGCCAGCUGAUGAAGUACCUUCUUUAUCACUUAAUUCUCAUUUAAUUUUUUCAUACAUGGCAUAUCCACCAGUUGUCAUAGCUACUCAUAGUUUUGAGCAAAGAAUUUUAAAAUCUAAAGUAGAAUUUUUACAAUCUCCUUUCCCAUGCAACGUAGAACUUUUCAAUUUGAGAACGCUUCCAGCAUAUGAUGAAUUCGAAAUUCCUUCCAAUAACAGUCUCUUGAUUUUACACAAUAAGGGGAUCAGUUGUCGGAUCAAGACUUUGAUCAAUCAGUCCUGUUCAUACACACAAGAAAGCGUACUGAAAAUUGAUUUAAAAAAUGUGCAACUCUCCUCAGUAUACAAAACAACUCUGACAGGAUCGGGACCAGUAGAAUCUACUAGAAACAGUACUUAUGUCCAAGUUAAUGCAAUGGAACUUGCAUCUUAUAAUGUAACAUUUAGUUCUUAAAAUGAUCAAAUCCAAUUUGAUUUCAUAAACACUAUAUCCUGAUCUUUAGCAGCAAAAAGGCUGACCUACCUAAAUAAGAUUACAACUGGAUUUUAGCCUUCACUAUAUGCACCAUAAUAAAACUAUAUUAGUUUUGUCAUGUUGCAUGCAUUUUUUACAAGUUGAUUUCAAUAUUAAUUAUUUAAAAAAUUUUCUUCAUGGAGAAUUUUGGAUAAACUUAGAACUUCAGUUUUCUUUAUGCAUAAGUACCAGAGGAGGUUAAAAGUUUGGUUUACCAUACUCUUUGUUCUGUUACCCCAGCUAGUUUCCCUAAAAGAUUUCUCUUUUUUUAUUAUCUAUCUCCAAGUUAGUUUUGGGUAGGAUUUUUCUUUUCCCAUUAGGUGUCCUAAUUUAAGACAAUAUAUACAGUUUAUGAGUCAUUAUAUGUUGUCAAGAAGUACUGCAGCUAACAAUGACUAUGGGGUAAAGCUGUAUUAAAGGUAGUAAAACUUUAACAACUGCCAGACAGCUAUUUUUUCCAUUAUCCUUGUGAACUGUUUUUAAGUUAAUGUUUCUUUAGACAAAAUUGGAGUUAAAACAGUUAAGUAUUUUUAGUAAAAUAAGGUUUUUAUUUAUGAAAAUGAGUAGAGGAAAACAAUUUUAGGACCUCUUUUGUUAUAAAUUUUAUACUUUAUCUUGAAAUGGUUACUGUUUAAUUUGUAUGCUAAUUGAAUGUAUGCAUGUUGCUUUCUACACUAGGUAACACAGCAGACUCUUUAUUGCCUGUAUUUCCGUGUUACUGAAUCCGAUGUAUUUUGAGGCUUUUGCUAACAAUGAACGGGUUGUGUAUACAGCAAAUAAAUAGUGAAUACAGUACAUGCAGUUAUAGUUUGUCUACGGUAAGACCCCCCCCCCCCACCNCCCCCCCCCCCCCCGCCACAAAGCCUGAGGACGUCUGCUGCUACGGAAACAAGAAUAGUGCAUUUCAGGAGGGUAGCUUCCCCUUCUCUCGCCGUCCCGAGCUAAAACCUGAUCUAAUUAAUGACUCCAUACCCCUACUUAAAAUAGUUAUACCUCGUUAUCAUAGUCACCAUCACAGGUCCAGACAAAUGGCAUGGGGAGUUCUUACUGUAGACAAACAAUAUAUAAUAAUAUAAAUGGUGAAAAGAUAGUAGUAAAAACUUAAAAUUAAUAUUAUAAUAAGAAUCGUUAUAAAAUACUUAUUACUUUGUCAACAAUACAAUAAUUUAGAAAUUGCAAUCUAAAUAGUAAUUUUCAAAAUAAACUUUGUCUCGUACUAAAUAAAUGCUAACCGUGCACUGCUUGCUACAAGAAUAAAUAGUAAUAACGUGUCAAAAGAAGCCACAUCAGAACAAAAAAGCUAGUUUUUUCUAAGUAUAGCAACCAGAGCCGCGAUGGUUCA